AUGAAUUCAACUAAUUUCCCUAACGGUGUUUUUAAAGAUCUGGUGUCAUUAAUCUCUUUGGAGAUUAACGAGAACAAUCACAACCUUGACAGCGAUGAUUUAAUGUAUCCCGUUGAUGCUUUAUCUGAUCUUAAAAGUCUUGAAUCUCUAAAGAUGGAUGGUCUUAAGAACAAAGAUUUUGGAGAUUUCACACCAUUGACAGAACUACGGGUCUUAUCCCUUGGCUCCGGGUCUAAAGAAUUUUGUCAUUUAGGAGAAAUUGACGACACAACUUUUCAGUACUUAGGAAUGUUGCGAUUCCUAAACAUAAGCAACUGCGGAAUUCACGGAAACAGACUCAGCCCCAGUACAUUUUCAAUGUUUGAAAAUCUGGAAACUCUUGAUAUUUCAAACAACGAAGAACUGUAUGUCAAGCGUCUGUGUUCAGCUAUAACAAAUGACACGACUAGAAAUUUAAAACGGCUGUACGCGAAUUAUAUUAACCCCAGAUAUUCAAUCGGCGUGGCACUGAGUAGAAACACUAUCGAGGAUUUACCAUGGUCUUUAGAGGCGAUAGAAGCCAGAGGUAACAGCUUUGAGUCUGUGAGUGCUGAUAUUUUUGAAGCGAUGCCUCCGAUGUUAUCUUAUCUAGAUUUAAGUGAAAACAGGUUUAUUUUCGACGCGUAUCUCAAAAAUAUUUCUUUGAUGGAAAAUCUUGAAACGUUGAUUGUAGAUGGAGGAGAUGUUGUGCAUGACUUCCCCAUACAUUACCAUAAAACCGACAAUUUCGCUGAUAAAAUUGUCAAGCCCAUAUCAAAAAGAUUUCAACAAAACGAGAUUAAAAAUGAGAAUGAUAUAACUUUCAUUCUUCCAAAAAAGUUAAAAGUUUUAAGUCUGAACAAUGCAAAUCUAAACUAUAUACUAAAACAAAUACAACUUGACCCCAGGAAUGAUUUGAGAGAGCUCCACCUCAACGGUAACAAUUUCCCUCAAUUAAGUGGCCCUCUAACUGGCCUACAGAACCUUAGAAAACUAUUUAUCCGGGGUUCCAGAGUUCAAAGAAUUCAUAGAGCAUUUUUCCAAAAUCUAAAAUCAUUGACAACUUUAGAUUUGAGCAUGAACAAUAUCGGAUUUUCUCUUUCAGAAGAAGAACAGCCCCAUGUUUUUAACGGCUUGGAAAAACUUCAGGAAUUACAUCUGCAGUCGAAUCGAUUAUGGGAAUUUAAAACCGAUAUUCGGAAAAUGAUCCACCUGAAGGUGUUAAAUCUUUCCGAUACUUCUAUGGUCAGGCUUAGUCGUGAGGUUCAAAACAGCCUAGACAUGUUGAAAAAGGAAUACAAUUCGACAGUAACGUUGGACCUGUCUAGAAAUCUUUUUGAAUGUGUCUGCGAUAAUCUAGAUUUUAUCGAAUGGUUAGUGCAAAACUUCGGAUCAAAAGAUUCAUUGGAAUCGCAGACCUACUUCUGCGAGUAUCCAGAUACAUCAGAGGUCAAGACUAUCACAGACGGCUACCAAGAAGUAAUUCGAAUCAUGAUGGGCGAAUGCCGGCCAAAGACGACUCUGUUUCUCAUAACAACAGCAGGGUCUAUGCUAGUGCUGUUUGUGAUUGUGGGUGCUGUCUUAUACAGGUUCAGAUGGAAGCUGAAGUAUCUCUACUACGUGGCGUAUCUAACUUUUAGAGGAAAGGUUACAGUACAGAAGACAACAGAGUUUUCUUACGAUGUGUUUGUGUCCUAUUCCUUCUCUGAUGAAGACUUUGUUCUACAAACACUGGCAGUAGAGCUGGGGUGCCGAGGAUUGAAGCUACAUGUGCACGGACGGGACUUUAAGGCAGGAGAUUUCAUCGCCUCCAACAUCGUGCGUGCCAUCAAGGAGAGCAACAAGACAUUGGUGGUACUCACGAGAAGUUUACUGGCCAGCACAUGGUGCAACUAUGAGCUACAGAUGGCAAACAUGGAGUCUGCUUACACAGGGCGUCAAGUUCUGGUCUUCUUGUUGAAGGAUCAGAUUCCCAUCAAACAGUUGGGUAGAGAUGUCCUCUGUUACGUCCGCACCAACACGUACAUAAGUUAUCCGAGAGGUUCGGCUACAGGAGAUGUGGAUCAUAUGGCAGUCUUCUGGGAUAAGUUGGCCGACGAUCUCAAGCAGUAG